AUGAAGACGUCAGGACGCCCCAGUUCAACUGAAGAUGAGAGAGCAGCGCUUGCGAUGGUUCGGGAAUGUACUAGAAGACCACAGAGCCAUCCGAUGAGGGAAGCAAUGGAGUCCGAGGCUCAAGGUAAACGACCACGAGGAGCCCCAAAGAAGAGAUGGCGGGACGUGAUUAAGAAGGACCUCGCAGAAGCCAAGGUGACGGCAAAAGAUGUCGCAGAUAAAAAGAAAUGGAGACGGCCGACAAUAACAGCUGACCCUGCGACGGUGCGGGAUGAAUGCUAG